AUGAGACACAAUACUAAGACGUCUGCUGCAGGCCUAUUGGCUUUGGCCUAUCGUGCCUCAGCUCAAGUUGCCAAUACCAGUCCCUCGGACGGUGUAACCUUUGGGCUCAACAUUCCCGAAGCAACAGCAGCAUCCUCCGAUGCUGGGGAGAUCUUUUUCUCGAUAUCUGCACCGAGCAGCUAUGAGUGGGUUGCGCUCGGUCAGGGUAGUGGCAUGGCCAAUUCCAACAUGUUUGUUGUAUACACUUCAGCAGACGGCAAUAACGUGACAUUAUCGCCACGAACGACAAGCAGCUAUAGCGCUCCUAGCCCUAAUGAUGCUGCGCAAGUCACGCUACUUGAAGGCUCUGGUGUCUCGAAUGGUGUCAUGACUGCCAACGUGAGAUGUUCCAACUGUAACAGCUGGUCCGGCGGCACCAUGGACUUUACCUCCAACAGCGGCAACUUCAUCUACGCCUACCAAUCCUCAGGGGGUCCCAAGAACGAUGAUUCUACGUCUGCAUCUAUCCGCCAGCACAGUAGCGAAGGCGUCUUCAAUUGGGAGUUCGCUGCCGCUAAGGGAGGCUCAAGUGUAAACCCCCUUCUCAAUACCUCCCCCUCCGGUACCACCGGCGGAUCAGGCGCAACUCCGACCAACUGCCGCCAACGCCCUUCUGGCGCCGCAGCAACAGCAUCAGGAUCAGGAUCAGGGUCAUCGGCCAAACCCAGCAAGACUGCCUCCUACGACGAUGACGACUGGUGGACUCACCGACCUACCGCGCGCCCAACAUCCUGGCCUACGGACGCACCAUGGGAUAAACGUCAAUCCGACGACUCCUCACUCCCCUACUGCGAUACGCUUGCCAACAACGGCGGCGCCAACUCUGGUGUCACAACCAUCUCCUCCAGCGGACCCAACACGAAGAAACACCUCAUUGCCCACGGUGUCCUCGCCUCUCUCGCGUUCGUCAUCCUCUUCCCCGCAGGAUCCAUCGCCAUCCGUCUCGCUUCCUUCCCUGGCGUCCUCUGGUUUCACGCCUUGUUCCAGAUCUUCGCUUACAUGACAUACACUGCUGCGUUUGGUCUAGGUAUCUGGCUUGCUCUACCAGUCAGUGGCGGUCACUACAUUGACAGCUACCACGCCAUCAUCGGCAUGGUCGUCUUUGCGCUCAUCUUCUUCCAACCAAUCUUAGGCUGGAUGCACCACGUCCUCUUCAAGAAGUACAGUCACCGCACUCUCUGGUCCUACGCUCAUAUCUGGGUUGGUCGCAUCGCGAUUACCCUCGGUAUCAUCAACGGUGGACUUGGCCUGCUGCUUGCGGGUAACUCGCCUGAUGGCGAGAUUGCUUACGGUGUUGUUGCUGGUGUUAUGUGGGUUACCUGGGUUGCUGCGGCGAUCUGGGGUGAGAUGAGGAGGAAGAAGGCAGCGAAGUUGGCGGAGCAGCAGAGUCCCGAAAAGCUUACGGGCGAGAGGAGGCAGAGCGAUAACAGCAGGAGUGAUGGGAGUGAUUCGGAUCUGAACGGGCACUAUAGGCCCGCUAAGGAACAGCAGGCGUGA